GAGAGAGAGAGAAGAAGAUAACUGAUCAAACGUCGAUUAAGUAGAAGAGGAAGAAGAAUAAGAAGAAAAGGAAGAAGAAAGAAGAUCAGAUCGAGAGCAAAGAGAAUGAGUGUGAUGUGAAAAUGAAAGAGAGACAGAAAGGGUGCUGUGCCAAUGUUGAUGUUAGUUAGAAAGAGAAAGAGAGAAAUAGAUAGUAAGAAGAGCAGUGGUGGUAGUGAUGGUGCUAGUGGUGGUGGAUAAAGUGGUGGGGAUUAGAGAGAAAGAAGGAGAAAGAGAAAGAGAGGGAGAAAGAGAGAGAGAGAGCGAGAGAAGGGUGGAAAGUGAGAGGUAGAGAGAGGGUAGGACGGAAGAGAACAGGGUUGUUCCAGUGUGCAGCGGGCGGGCAUCGCGGCGGGGGCGCCGUUCUGCUGCUCCUGUAUAACAAAUCCAGGAUUAUAUGCACCAUCCACCGCAUCCCAGCGAGCACGACGGCGACGGCGACGGCGACGGCGACGGCGACGGUGACGGCGACGACGAGGACGAGGACGAGGACGAAAACGAAAACGAAAACGAAAACGAAAACGAAAACGAAAAUAAGAACGAGAACGAGAACGCGAACGAAAACGAAAACGAAGCCGAAGAGGACGAGGACGAGGACAAGGACGACAACGGCGACGACGGCGGCGACGUCGACCGAAACAACGACAACGGGGACGGGAACGGGAACAGGGACGUGGACGGGGACAGGGACGGGGACGGCAACCAAAACGACGACGACAACGAUAACGACGACGACGGCGACGGCGACGGCGGCAGCGACGACGACGACGACGACGACGACGACGACGACGACGUCAACGACGAGGACGACGACGACGACGGCGGCGACGACGACGACGGAGACGACGACGAAGACAGGAAAGAGCAGAAGGAGGAGGAGGAGGUAUUGCGAGGACAUCGGUAGCGAGAACUUGGUACCA